AUGAGUGGGCCAAAUUGGCUGAAUGAUGCCCAACCCUAUUCGAACGGAGAGAAUGUCGCCUUCAAUGGUUCGAGCGACCCCGCCAUGUCCUUCAUGCAAACACCUUCCUCGUCCUCCUUUGACUUCAACACGGUGCAGGCGCAGCAGAUACAGCAGCGUAUGGCGAACGGAGACAUGCUCAAUGGAGCCACCACGAACGCAAACCUUCAUUACCAGACCCAGCCUACAAUCCCAUCGAAACGCCCCAGGCCACCAGACGAUAAUAUAGGCGGCUCCCCUCAAGCCUACGGUGGCGCAACCCCCGCUUCUCGGUCUCAAACGCCACAUGGAUCAUACUCGACGUAUCCUGCUCCUGUUAAUGGAGCUGUCUUCGCUGGUGGCAACCCAUAUCAGAACGUCACUCAGAACGCUAACCCUUCAAACCCAUCGCCAGCUCCCCAAAAUCAGAAUUACAAUACCCCAAACGCUCACCAACAUGUCCAGACCAUGUCACCUUCUCCCUAUUCACCUGCUACGCAAAAUUUUGCAAAUCAUGCAUCGCCAUCCCAUUCAGAAAAUGGAAGCCGAGUCAAUACCCCUCAAAAUAGUACUCCACAGUACCCUCCCGCAGCCGCAUAUGGAGUGGGAACGGGACCGCCAUAUAUGCCACAAGGUGCAGUUGUAAUGAAUGGCCCACAACAAUCUCAAUUUAGCCAGACUCAACAGCAUGAACAGCAAAUGAUAUUAGAGACACGGGCAAGACAAAUGGCGGCAAUGCGGGGUGGUGUUCAUCCUCAGGGUGGCCCCUUCAACCCUAUGGGUCAGAUGGGAAACCAGAUGUCGAAUAAUCAGCUCGCACACUUACGAGUACAGCAAGCACAGCAAGCACAGCAAGCACAGCAAGCACAGCAAGCACAGCAAGCACAGCAAGCACAACAAGCACAGCAAGCACAGCAAGCACAGCAAGCACAGCAAGCACAGCAAGCACAACAGGCUAACCAGCGCAACUUGCAUGUUCAACAAACGCUCCAGAAUUACAUGAAUUUUGCACGGUCCAGGGGUCUGCCGUUCCAAACGCAUACGGUCAUCCUGGGUAAACAGCAUCUCACCAUGAAUCUGUUCUUCGGUGUCAUUAAGAUGGGGGGUUCCAAGCAGAUAAGCCUCGGGCAACAAUGGCCAAAGGUUGCCCAACUUUUGCAGUAUCACCCUUCACAAUAUUUGCAGGCUGCUCAAGAGCUGCAACAUUUCUGGCAGACAUAUCUUUCUGAAUUUGAAAUUUACUACGCGCAAAAUCAAGGUCAAAGACCGAGACCUGUGGGGGAUCAUACGCGAACAGCUAGCAAUGUUCCACCCGGAGAUUCUCACCUCAGACAGGCCUCCUUCUCACCGCCCAAGCAAGGCCACGAGCAAGGCCCUCGCUUCAUGCAACCGCCUCCGAACCAGGUGCACAAUCCUCACAAAGCCGUCCCUGCAACGCAAUCCAGUGUUAAGAGCGCAUUGCCCAAUGGCUAUGCAGUCAAUCAGCAGAUGAGCACACAAGACAGUCAUCCGGCUUCUACUUUUGCAGAGCCGCGGUCCGAUACUUUUCAGUCCCGGGUUGGAGCUCAAAUUGUCCAUGUUAAAGCGCAUCAGCCGAAGACGGAAGACCCUAGCAACCAUGUCGGGUACGAGCCACGAAUCCAUUAUUUACCAGAAAUGUUUGUACCAAGAGCCAAUAAUCUGAAGUUAGGUCCCCCCAAAGAAAAAGAUACGGUAGAUAACCCAAAGAUGCCGAAGAGCUAUGGUGGUAUCCACCUUGAUGAAGGAUUCGCAGACAAUGUUGCAUGCCUACUCAGAUACAAAUUGCAAGCUCCUUUACCGGACGAGCUAGGGCCAAUUUACAUACACACUCUUACUCUGUCCCUACGCUCGGGUAUCUCUGGCGAGAUUCGGCAUGCACUAGACACUCUCCUACUGCUAUCACUGGAAGAAGCCCCGCCGUCGCUAGACAAUAGUGACGAUCUGAACGAAGCGCUCAUAGAGUGUGCGAACGACCAAAUUGACCUUCUUGCCGAACACGCUUCUGAAGUCUCCGAUGCGAUGCUCAUAAAUUCUUAUGAGGACACCGUUAAAGGUUGCAAGGCGGAGGUUGAAGAAGUGCAGGCCCCGUCCGACUUCAGAGCGAUAGGACACGAUCUUGAGACGGCAGUCGAUAAGCUGAUAUGUAUCACAACAAUCCUAAGAAAUUUCGCGUUUGCCGAGUCAAGAAACCAUCAGACCAGGUAUCCCGAAGCCAACAGUCAUCGAGCUUUGUCCGACCCCAUUGUAUUGAAAAUGAUGACCACUGUUAUUCGGUAUCUCGGCACACGGAAUAUGUUCCUCCGCACGCACCGGAAUGCAUUGGACUUCUUAAAGGACAUUGUGAUCUUCCUCAGUCAAAUGGCUCAUCGACUCGAAAUCCAGAGCAAGGACGACGCGCUUUGCGUCCUGCACUUUCUCAUGUCUUUCGCGCCGGUGCCGGAGUCAGUUCAUAGUGAUCCAAAUGAGGUCUACUUUCCGUCCUAUACGCCGUCUGUCAAUCAAUACCUACCGUAUGCUAUAGAUGCGCUGGCUAAGCUUCUCACACGCGAAUCAAACCGAACAUUCUGUCGAUCCAUCCUCACAACUGAUAUCACGACCGCUCAGUCGUAUGAAUUGUUCACUAAAGCAUUUGGUCUUGCAAUCAGUCCGAUACCUGAUUUAGAGGCUUUACACGACAUUGCUGCAAAGCAGAUGGAGGCCAAACAGAGGACUCUCCACACGAGGGACCCUCGAGAGAAUGCGGAAAUGGCCAUUCUAAACCUCAUCCGCUAUCGCUUACCAUUCAUGAUUCAAGGUUUGCUCGUUGCAGAGAUCCUUGUCGGCAUGAUACCCAACACGGAAUCUGAGCUGGCUCUGUGCUGGCUCAAUUCCCAGGAUCGCUUCGCGCUCCGGCUGCUGAGAACACUUGCACUUCUAUAUGAUGGCGAAGGUAGAUUCUAUGGAUGGCAGAUAUCCCACCCUCAUGCAGCUCCUCAGCCACAAAAUAUGGAAACUCAAGGCUUUCAUAUGGCCACAUCCCGGGGACUAACCGUACUUCAAAAGUUGGUUGAUCGAGCUAAGGAUGCCGGCAGCGACGCGGCGAAUAUCCUUGCUGGGACUGGUCCUUCGAAACAAACGAUAUACGAAGCUUUGAAAGCGAAAAACAUGGAUGUCAAUAUAAUUGUCGUAGGUUGA